GCUACAAACUUCUACAAGCCUCUUAACAUUCCAAUUGCAAGGCGUGUUUUCGAUUCAUUGACCGACCACACGCCGCUCGCAAAAUGGCCAUGAAGAAGAUUGCCUUGGUUGUCCUCGUAGUUGCCGUCUGCAUCAGCGCAGCAAUGGCCGCUGCACCUGUAAAGGGUGCCGCAGCCACCACCUCUGCAGCCACCCCAGCUGCAGCCACCCCUGCCGCUGCAGCCACAGCUGGCCCUGAAGCUUCUACUCCAGCACCUAAUGGAAGUAGCAUGAACGACGUUGGAUCUUUGGUUGGAGCUUCACUGUUGUCCUUCUUGGCCAUUUACUUGAACUAAAUUGUUAAUCAAGUGAUCAAAAAGGAUGAGAGAGAAGUACUUGAUCAAAAAGGAUGUGCGUGUAACAUAUUCCCCAAUAAAUGAAGCUAUAACGCUACUUACUCAUA